GCGGCAUCUGAACGCACCGCGAGUUUUGUUUUCUAAGGGGCCAAAAAUUUCAGGCCAGCGGCGACUUUUUGCUCGAAUAAUCGCCCUGGAAAUCCAUCCUGAGAGGGCGACGGCGGACACUUUGAACGCCGAACAGGACUCUGAAAGUGCGCGGAAAUUGGUGUCAUGCCUCUCCACAGUAUUUGGCCCUGAGAGCCGUUACCAUGGGCAACGAGGACAGCCUGGAGGACGUGUUUGUCGCUGUCCUUCGGCCCAAGAAUCAAGUCAGUCUCAGCUCCAAGGAGUACAGAGCCAAAGCCUAUGAGAUCCUGCUGAGCGAAGUGCCCUUGGAGGGGAAGGAGAAAAAAAGGAAGAAAGUCCUCCCAGCGACCAAGAUCCAAAUGGCAGGAGACCAAUCCAAAUCCAUCUUAGACUAUGUUGCAGACGCCAUCAAACCCUUGUCCAACAACCAAAGCUUCAUCGGCAAACGUGUGGUUCACAUGAAGAAAUUCUCCCUGUGCGUGGACAACGAUGUUGAAGAAGCCUCGCUGUGCGUGGUGCCAGUUGGUGUGAAAGACAACAGCAAACCAGUGCACAAUGCGGGCAGCCCAAGCUUCUACUGCCUGCACGACAUCAUGAGGGUUUGCAGCGAGACCAGCAUCCACUUCUGCCCCGUCACUGCCAGGAUGCUCCUUGCCUUGGACAAAUGGCUAGCGGAGCAGCACACCGUGCCUCACGCCAUCCCGGCGCUGUUCCGGCCAGCACCCGUGGAAAGGGUGAAGACCAACGUCAGCAACCCGGCAUAUGGCGGCGAGGGCAGAGUGAGCGACGGGGGCCUCCACAUGGGCUACACGGCACUGGAGAUCAAGAGCAAGAUGAUGUCUCUGGAGAAGGCCGACAUGUGCGUCCUAAACCCGCUCUACGGCUCCGAUCUGCAGUACACCAACCGGGUGGACAAAGUUAUCAUCAAUCCGUACUUUGGGCUGGGAGCACCCGACUACUCCAAGAUCCAGAUCCCAACAAGGGAGACGUGGCAGCACAGCGCCAACUGCACAGCUGAGGACAAGGAGCGUCAAUGGGUGGACGACUUCCCUCUCCACCGCAGCGCCUGCGAGGGAGACACGGAGCUGCUCACCAAGCUCCUGGACAGCGGUUUUUCGGUCAAGCAGCUGGACAGCGACCACUGGGCCCCCAUCCACUACGCCUGCUGGCAUGGCAAAGUUGAGGCGACCAAGCUGCUGUUGGAAAAAGGGAAAUGUAAUCCCAACCUGCUGAACGGACAGCUUAGCUCACCGCUGCACUUUGCCGCACGAGGCGGCUACAGUGACAUCGUGCAACUCCUGCUGCAGCAUCCCGAGAUUGACCGGCACAUUGAAGACCAGCAGAAGCGGUCACCGCUGCAAGUGUGCGAGGAGAACAAGCAGAACGAAUGGGAGGAGACUGUGAAGCUUCUCCAGCAAGCCAACAGCAAACCGUAUGAGAAGGUGCGCAUCUACCGCAUGGACGGCUCAUAUCGCUCCGUGGAGCUGAAGCACGGCAACAACACCACAGUGCAGCAGAUCAUGGAGGGCAUGCGUCUGUCCCAGGAGACUCAGCAGUACUUCACCAUCUGGAUCUGCUCCGAAAACCUCCACCUGCAGCUGAAGCCGUACCACAAGCCUCUGCAGCACCUGCGCAUCUGGACGGAGAUCGUGACGGACCUGACUGUGCUGGACCCGCAAAGGGAGACGCCUCAGCUCUUCCUCCGCAGGGAUGUCCGCUUGCCCCUGGAGAUUGAGAAAAAGGUGGAGGAUCCACUGGCCAUCCUCAUCCUGUUUGACGAGGCCCGGCACUGCCUGCUGAAAGGCUUCUUUCCGGCUCCCGACAGCAAGCUGAUCACGCUUGCCAGCUUCCUACUGCAAAUCAUCUACGGCAACUACGAGAGCAAGAAGCACAAGCAGGGCUUCCUCAAUGAAGAAAACCUCAAGUCCAUUGUGCCCAUAUUAAAAGUGAAAAGCAAAGCAUACCACUGGACCAAUAGGAUUCUUCACGAAUACAAAGCACUGAGCACCAGCGAAGGCGUGAGCAAGGAGAUGCACCACCUGCAGCGGCUCUUCUUGCAGAACUGCUGGGACAUCCCCACCUACGGCGCCGCCUUUUUCACUGGCCAGGUGUAUACGAAGGCCAGCGCCAGCAACCACAAGGUCAUCCGCGUCUAUGUCGGCGUCAACACCAAAGGGCUACACCUCAUGAACAUGGAGACCAAGGUGCUUCUCAUCAGCUUAGAAUACGGCACAUUCAUGUGGCAGCUGGGACACGCUGACCAGUACUUCCAAGUACAUAGCGGCGAGAACAAAAUGAACUUCAUCGUGCACACCAAACAGGCUGGCCUCAUUGUGAAGCUUUUAAUGAAGCUAAGCGGACAGAUGACAUCCAAUGACAAAGGUGCCGUCGACAAAUACGCUUAUGGCUGAACCAACAGCGCUCUGGACUGGACGACACAGCUGCCAAACCAUUUUAAAGCCGACUAAAAAGUGACUGCAAUGAAGGGACAGUUUGUGCAUGUAUUAAUCUCAUUGACACAAGUUCAAUGUGUAUGUGUGAUUGUUUUGACAAAUCUUGUAUUACCAUGUUAUG